AUAUGCAUAUGCAUAUAAAACAGUAUACAUAUAUAUUUAUAGAUAUACAUAUAUAGAUAGAUAGUUAUCAAUUCCGAUACGUACGCCUGGUUAUGAUUACGCUCUUCUGUUAUUGCAUUGCAUGACAGUUAGGGAUAUCAAAAGAAUUGAUAAACAGGAAGUACUGAACUAAAGUAAUAUGCAUCCAGAACGAGACCUGACGCCGCCUGAUUCACAGGAGAUUGAUGGGGAUCCAUUGCGUUUGCCAGCAGCACUUCUGGCCGAUGAUCCGCGCUACCGUAUUCGGCCCAUGCAGCAGGUGAUUUCGGCUCUCGUUGGUGGAUUGAUCACAACAUUUGUGGUGACUCCCAUGGAAGUAGUCAAGACGCGCGUACAAACUCAAGCGCAGACCAAAGCACGCUAUCGUCCAGUUGUCUCCAAGCUCUGCUAUGUCUUUCACAAUGGCCUAAUGACGCACGUCUGCAAACCAAACAGUACCGAUUGCCUAACGAAGAGCGCAGCGGCCGAUGCGACCAGCAUGCGUCCUCUGCGCGGAGCAAUGGAUGCCUUUGUCAAGAUCAUUUGCGGUAACGGCGUCCUUGGCUUGUGGUCGGGAUUGAGUCCCACGCUGAUCUCAGCACUGCCAUCCACCAUUAUCUACUUUCUUACCUACGAGUACUUGAAACAUAAUUUUUCGAGCUUCUAUUAUUUUUGGUAUCCUGUCGACCGCUUCACCAACAACGAUAGCGGCAAAGGGAAGAUUAUAAAGACAUCGACGGACUUAAGUGUAAAUCUACCCUCGGUGGUACCAAUGGCAUCGGGUAUAUGCGCUCGCACGGUUGUCGUGACGGCCAUAACGCCGUUGGAGAUGAUUCGCAUUAAAAUGCAAUCUGGUUAUGUGACGUAUAAGGAGCUAUGGGUAGUGCUCCGUUCACUGAUCAAAACGCACGGCAUGUUUGUAUUGUGGCGUGGGUGGCCGCCGACCGUGAUGCGGGAUGCCCCCUUCUCGGGCACUUAUUGGGCUGCCUACGAGUCAAUUAAGCGGGCGUGCAAUGUGACAGAGCCAACGUUUUGGUUUAGCUUUAUGGCGGGCGCAUCAUCCGGAGCGUUAGCCACGUUCGUUACAAUGCCUUUUGAUCUAAUUACCACCCAUACGCAAAUUGAGCUGGGACAGGAUGUACUGUUCCCAGACUCAAAGAGUGCGGAUAAGGGUAAUACAGGCACAAAGCCAAAUCCUUCACCAUCCAUGGCAAAGACGUCAGUAUUUGCACGUAUUAAGGCUAUAUAUCAGAAGCAGGGUGUACGAGGCCUCUAUGUAGGAGUUCUGCCACGUAUGCUACGCGUGGUACCAGCCUGUGCUAUCAUGAUAUCAGCAUUCGAAUAUAGUAAAUCAUUCUUCUUUCGGUACAAUCUCGACCUGAAGCACACCGAUUAUCGACGUACUAAUUAGAGCGGUGAAGCAAAAGUUUCAAAAAGUUUCGAUGGAGGCUAAAAGUGGAACACCGGCAAAUCCGUCGC